GUUCGAAAUCCCGAUAUUACGCCCUUGGCAGUAUGUGUAGAUCGGCCAGCGUCCUGGGGACUAGGGAAUGGUAACUGAGAACAGAGAACUGGCAGCUUCGGGCUUCCGAGUCAACGACCUUUCCAGCUCGGUGGUUACGGAGAUAAGGCCAAGGUAAGGACGAGGUAGAGACUGGCUGUUGGACUGAUUGUUGAACGAGGUACCCCCCCUCCACCCCUUUAUGCCAAUGCGGCGUCUGUCGGUCGGUCAGCCAGGCCAUACACCGUCCACAGUCGGCCUACACUACUUACAGCAAAUGUCCGUGUCCGUGCCAGUGACGCGACGCAAAGACCUCUGGAGUCUGGACGUUGGCGUUGGUGUUGGCGUCGACGUUGAUGUGGUUCGGAAGCCACGGGCUCGUCCCGUCCGGGUCCAUGAACCAGGGUCCAGGAGACGACAACGCAACGGUACCGUUAUCCAGCCCUGCCCCAGGCAGGACAGGGGCCUCUCAAAUGCCAGCCGGCGAACACGUCGGUCGGUACUCGAUCAUGUUGGACAGCGUCGAGUUGGUUUGGGAAGCUUGGGGAGCAUCCGCCCCCUUCAGAAAAACCGAGAGGGAGCCAAGUCCGAGCCGUCGGCCCCAACGCCGCCCCAGGUUAUCCGAACUCUGGCACUCGGUUUGUUUCUCCCGUCCGUCUUGUCUGGUCCCCAAUCACGCCGGCGAAGUUCGAACGAACCCUAUGGGGUGCCUCAUGUUUUGCAGCGGUAAAACGAAGUCUUGGCUUUUCUUCAUUUCCCGUCAAAACAUGUCUCACGAUUUCUUGCUCGUCCUCGCCGCUAGGCGUUGAACGUAUCUCCCAAUGCGGCAAGGUCCGGCCGGGGUGGUUUGGCGUCAAGUGUGAAGCUUAGCCCCAGGCACAGCGUCCGUCUCGGCCUUAGGCGAGGACGCAGC